GCAAAAAAGGUAAACAUUCCAAAUGAAAAAAGGCUCCAAAUGAAGUAACUUUACCUUAUCCCAAAAAAAUGGAUCUCUUAUCCGCCCGUAACUGCCGCAUCUGCCUCAGUCAAUGCGAAACCCGUGACCUUGACAUUUCGGAAUUUGCCACAAAAUACAUCAACUGCACCGGAUUCCAAAUCACCGAAAAAGACAUUCCAAAGAAAAUUUGCAGCACUUGCACGAGCGAAUUGAUCCAAGCGUCGAAUUUCCAAGCAAAAUGCCAAGAAACCGAAAAAAUUCUCGUAAAUUUGGAGACAAAAAAAUUCCAAAAUCUUGUUUCAUCAACUUCGGACUUUGAAAAUCCCGAAACUUUGGAUAUCAUCGAGGAGCUUAUCAACAACGACACCGAAGAAUACGAAAAUCCGGUGAAACUUGAAUGUGACUUUUGCGAUUUUGAGGUCAACUGUUACAAGGACAUCCAUAAAUUGAAGGAUCAUGUCACAAAAAGUCAUCAGGAUCUCAUGAAAGGCGAAAAAUGCAUCGACUGUCCUUUAAUUUUUCCCGUAAAAUCGUUGUUGAAGCUUCAUGUGACGGAUUCGCACACGCCAAAUAACGUCAAGGAUCAUUUUUCCUGUACUUUUUGCUUGACCCGCUCUCUGAGGCAAGAAACAAUUUUGACUCAUACCAAUUCUCAUCACAAAUCGGCACAAAAAUUCAGUUGCUGCAUAUGUCGCAAGGAAGCUCGUUCAAUGGAUCACCUCCGAUGGCAUCUAAAACACUCAAAAUGUGCCAACGAACUUCUCCAAAAGUCCGAAAUUAACUUUGAAAGUACCUUAAAUUGCGAUUUUUGUGGAUUUAGUUGCGUUUUGGAGGCAAAUAUGGAGCAUCAUGUCCUGAAAAUGCACGAAAAUGAGGAAAUUAGAAAAUGUUUUUGCGGAAAACACAAAAUUUUCUGCCGCGAUCUCGUCCCGGAGUACGAAAAGUUCAAAUGUAACGCCGAAAAAACCUGCAAAUCGCGAGUCGGGGAGAAAAUUUCGGCAAAAUUGAAGCGAAAACCGAAAUUAACGAAGGAAAUUGACGGAUUAACAGCUGCCGAACGUAAAAAAAUGCGUCAAAACGAGCUGGUUGAGUGCGAAACGUGUCAUGAAAAGUUAAAACGAGCUUCUCUGGCGCGUCACAUGAACAACAUUCAUCACGGGGUUAAAUUCACAUGCCCUCAUUGCGAGAAACCUUAUACUUUGCUGCAAAAUUUGAAGCUGCACAUUGCCAAACAUCACAUGAACCUAAAAACGGAGUAUCCCUGUCAGUAUUGCGAUCGUAAAUUUAUGGCAUGGGCUUCGAGGUAUUACCAUCAAAUUCGCGUUCACACGAAAAAUUUCAAAUUUUUCUGCGAAAUGUGCAAUAAACAUUUUAUGCAUCAAUCGGAGUUCGAUGACCAUAAUUCCAUCCAUACGGGAGUCAAGGCACGCGAAUGCGACGAAUGCGGCGAGAAAUUUCACACGAGAAACUGGUUAAGGACGCACAAGGAAACGAUGCAUCGAAAGGAGCCGCCGAUUAAAUGUAACUUUUGUGGAAAAGCUUUUUUGCGGAACAAGAUGAUUCAGAAGCAUUUGCGACAAGUUCAUGGCACGACCGAAAAUACCGGAUAUUUGGAGAAAUUUGAGGAAAUGGAGGAUGAGUUGGAUGAAUAUGAAGAAGCAGAGAGAUUUUUAGUAGAGUUUAUUGCGAAUCAAGAACGUACUUGAAGAAAAAAAUUGAAUAA